CAGAAAGUUGAUUAUUAGCUGAUGAAGAUUCUACAUUAGAAAUUGGUGUGGUACUAAUAUACAGCAGGAAAGUAAGAAUUUGUCUCACAGAAAUGACUGAGGUCGCGAGCAGAACCCAACAGGUAGAAUACGAGGACGACUUCGAGAAAGAUCUGGACUGGCUCAUCAGUGAGGAGAGCAAGAGUGAAGAGCAGGAUGAAGAAGAUUUUGAAGCACAGAUCGACCGAGAGUUGAAUAAUGACGAGGGAAAUAAGAAAGCCAACGCUGAACACAGCACGACAAGCACAGCCGGGGAUGCGGAGGACGAGAGGUGGCCGACGCCCUUGGACCCUAUCGAGGGCGUGGUCGAUGAUGAAAACGAGGAGACGGAUGCAGAAAAGAAAUUGAUCCUGCAGAAAAUCGAGCAGGCCAACAGGCAGCUCCAGGACCAGGAGGCUCCGGACGUGACGCGCCAUCGCAGGCUGCACUUCAAAGACAACCUGGUGGAUCUGGUGGUCCCGGCCAAUGAGUAUCCGCCAAUCCCCAGCGAGUCCGAGACGGACAAUCCAACCGUUGUGUCGGACCAUCUGGAGAAGCUGAAGAUCUCCGCGCAGCAGGAAGGACAGACUGAUGGAACAAAGGAAGGGCGUGUCCUGGUAGAGAAGGAUGGGAAGUUUGACCUGGUCAGCUUAAAAGAAGUGGAGAGUCAAGGGCUGCUCCCGCCUAUACCUGCAACUCACAUUGAGGGUCAGCGAGAACCCGGUAAAAGUCCUUCUCCGUCACCGAAACUGACCUCCAGCUCGGCUUCAUCAUCAGGAACCGAGUCUUGCUUCGUGCCCAGGCCUCCGGCGCGGCCCAGGACGCGUCCCAAUUCGGCCAGCCACGCUCAGAGAAGGGGACUGGGACAGGGCAGCAAGCGUCGGGUUCAGUCGGCCAAUGGGGUUUCAUCUCAUGCCACUUACUUCCUCUCACCGGAGCAGAAAGAGCUGCUCAGCAAACAACAGCAGAAAAAAGAGAGAAUCACCAGAGAGGAGGAGGAGCGCAGGCGUGAGGAGGAGGAGCAGAAGCGGCAGGAGAACGAGCAGGCCUUCCGGACCUGGUUCAUGAAGAAACGGCAGCAGCUGCAGGAGGGACGGAGGGUACAGAGGGCGCAGGAAAUGGAGAGGAUGAGUGGCAAGAGGGAGUGCUGUGACCCAGCGGAGGCGUAUAAACUAUGGCUGCAGAAGAAGCAGGAGCAGCAGAUGAAGGAGCGUCAGCUGGAGGAGCUGAGGAGGCUCGAGCUGGAGAGCAGCGUUUACCUGCACAGACCUGAGGAGUGUGAAACGGCCUUCAGACUGUGGCUGAGAAAGAAGUGCCUGGAGAAGCGGGUGGAGCAGCAGGCCGCUCGAGAGCGCACCCGCAGGCUGCUGAUGGAAGAGCGAAAAGCCAGACGCAUGCAGGACUUCUUCUAUCCUGUCAACGAGAUCCGAUCCUCCCGCUUCAGCGCACCCUCCAGCUACCGCUUCUGAGCUCCUACCAGUCCACUGUAGGUCACUGGGGGUGUCCCAAUCCUGUUCUGA